CUUGGCAAUAAGAAGGCGAGCAGGAAGACAGACCGGCGGACUGUCAGUGACAAGCAGAGGUGAAAAAUGAAGAAGACUCUGAUGGUGUUUGAUUUUGACCACACUGUGGUCGAUGACAACAGUGACACUUGGGUUUUUAGAUGCCUUCCAGAUCAGACUCUUCCUGACUCUGUAAAGAACACCUACACCAAAGGCCACUGGACUGAGUUCAUGAGCAGAGUGAUGAAAUACAUAGGAGACCAGCAGGUCAGCCCUGACAGGGUCCGCAGCGUGCUGGAGACCAUUCCCUUCACACCUGGAAUGACAGACCUGCUGACGUUCAUAUCAGAGCACAAAAACACCACCGACUGCAUCGUCAUCUCUGACGCCAACACCAUGUUCAUAGGGUGGAUCCUCCACGCCUCUGGAUUGCAAGCAGCUGUCGAUCAGGUUUUCAGCAACCCGGCUGAGGUCAAUGACCUCGGGUACAUGGAGUUGCAGCACCACCACUCUCACGACUGCAAACGAUGCGCCGCCAACCUCUGUAAGAGAAAAGUCCUGGAGCAGUACCUCUCAGAGCAGUCUGACAGAGGUGUGGAGUACGAGCGGGUAUUUUACGCGGGGGACGGUGGGAACGAUCUCUGCCCUGCUUUAUGUCUGAGAGGGCAUGAUGUUGUGAUGCCCAGGAGGGGGUACGCUCUUGAGAAGCUGCUGGCUAAACUCCAAAACCAGCAGAAUAAUGCUUCUCUCAGAGCUAAAGUCAUUGUCUGGGACAGUGGCACUGACAUCCUCGAGGAACUGAAAGCAAGUAUACAGUUGUAGCCAGGGCCAUGAAUUAACAACACUUGAUCAACCUCUGAAAAUUGCACGGAUGGAAAAUAUUGAUUGUUCUUUCAAGGGGACAUGCUGCUCCUUGCAGAUGUUUAAAUUUUUAAAUUAUAGUAUUUAUAAUUUCUUUAAGUACAAUUUUGCUGGGAAAAUAAUUUUAAUUUUAGGUACAAAUCCUUGAAAAUUGGUGAUUUGUCUGCAGAAAAUUUGACCUUUUCGUUUGAAAACAGUACACUCAAACAAGGUUGGACUCAGAGGCAUCAGUGCUCAGUUAAGAUACAAAUAAAAUUCAAAAACAGUGUUUACAUUGAAGG